UCAGCAGUGUCGAGCGUCACCCGGAAAUACUCUGAGCUGUUCGUGAACAUGCUUUAUACUGUUACAUUUAGUUCAAUUUCUGUCGCUACAAACUGUUAAUUACUGGCGUUUUAAUGGGUGAAAUUCCCGUUACAGAGUUUUAAAUGAAAUCGGUGGCUUUCUUCUCUAUAAACCAAAAUGGGUAAAAAGAAGGGGAAAGACAGAAGUCCUCGAGCAGACAGCAGCGCCGAGGCAGCAGGGGUUUCCUGCACCCACAUCCGUAAAGGAACAGAGCACAACCUACUGAAGAAAGUCAGCCUGAGUGAGCAGCGGAGCUCGUGUCAAGACUGUGAGCCGGACGAACCUGGCGAAAAACAGAUCUCGGAGGAUGAAGCCGACGGAGAAAGUCCAGCUGUGUGGAUGUGCCUGAAAUGCGGCCACAGAGGCUGUGGGAGAUCGGAGAAUCAGCAUGCGAUUAAACACUACAAGACGCCUCGAUCUGAGCCGCACUGUUUGGUGCUCAGUCUGGACGUCUGGAGCGUCUGGUGUUACGUCUGUGACGAUGAAGUUCAGUACUCCAGCACGGGGCAGCUGGCACAGCUGAUCACAAACAUACGAAAACAAGUGCUGUCGGAUCCUGGCAAGAAGAGCUCCAACAAAAGAAGUACGAAAGAAGAGAGCUUGGAGACGAAUCCCGGAGAGCCAAUGCUGGAUGAGGAGAAGGAGAACAAGGAGGAGAAGAAGAAGAAGAAGAAGAGCGGCUCAAAAGAUGAUGAAAGUCCAAAAACGCAGAAAGCAGCAGCGGCCGCAGGAAACGCCGGGGUCGUGAGCGUCAGGGGUCUCAGUAAUCUGGGCAACACGUGUUUCUUCAACGCAGUCAUGCAGAAUUUAUCACAGACGCGGUUUUUGCGAGAACUUCUGGACCAGAUCGCAGACGAGAAGAGCUCCUUCACCGUCACGCCUGCGCCGUCGUCUGAGCUGGCACCUCUUCAGAUCCAGCUGGAAAGGCCCGGGUCUCUCACGCUGGCUAUGUGUCAGUUACUGAACGAAGUCCAGGAGACCAAAAAAAAUGUUGUGACCCCUAAAGAUCUCUUCACACAAGUAUGUAAAAAAGCUCCACGUUUUAAGGGCUUUCAGCAGCAGGACAGUCAGGAGCUUCUGAGGUACCUUCUGGACGGCAUGAGGGCAGAAGAAGUGAAGAGGGUCAAUUCUGGAAUUCUGGAGGCUUUGAAAAGCUCUGGAAAAAGCUUAGAAGCUGAGCAGAUGAAGAAGGUUAUUAAAGAGUAUGAGAAAAACGGUGCGCCCAAGAACUUUGUGGACCGAGUGUUUGGUGGAGAGAUGAGCAGCACGGUGAUGUGUAAAGAGUGCAGAACUGUGUCUCUGGUGACAGAGAUGUUUCUGGACCUUUCUCUUCCUGUAGCCGACGAGGCCUACAGGAAGAAGAACCAGAAGAAAGCCACCCAGUAUCGCAGCAGCGUCGGUGAAGAUGGAGACGCAGAAAACGCAACGUCUUUGGCCAAUGGGAAUGAAGACAUGCCUACAGGAACUGGAAGCAAGUACCAGCAGAAGAAAGCAAAGAAACAGGCCAAGAAACAAGCCAAGACUCAGAAACGUCAGCAGAAACUGGGCAGUAAAGUCACUUUGGACGCUCUGACCAAUCAGAGCACGGCUAGCAGCGCUGAUCUGCCGGAGGCCUCCAAUCAAAGCCUAUCAAUAAACGGCAGCGUUGAUGCAGAAGCAGACGAAAACAGCCAAGAGAAUACGAGCCCUGAGAAACCUGCAAGCUCUCAAAACGAGGCUGAAGAUGAGGUCGAGCAAGAACCCGCUACUUCUGUCAACAACCGCUUCAACGCCUUAUCUGAAGACCAGGCCUCUGAAGACGUGUCUGUGGAUGGAGAAAAACCACAAGAUGUGAACGCCGUCGAGGAAGAUGAGGGCGCCGAAGAGGAUCGGAUAACAGAAGAACUGAAUACUCUGUCGCUAAAAACAGAAAGUGAGAUGGAGAAUGGAGAUGAGGCCCCAGAAGAUGUGAAGGAAUACACAGUAGUGAACCAGGACCAGCUUGCUUUUAAAUCGCUGGCCAGCAGGACCGCACCAGAGAAGCAGGAGUGUUCAGUGGAGUCCUGUCUCUAUCAGUUCACUGAGGUGGAACAUCUCACAGAGAACAACAGACUGAUGUGUGUCACCUGCACUAAACGCCUUUCUGGAGAGAACGCCUCAGACGGUAAGAAAUCUGUUUACAGAGAUGCUCUGAAGCAGAUGCUGAUCUCCGAUCCUCCAGCGGUGCUCACGCUCCACCUGAAGAGAUUCCAGCAGGUUGGAUACAGUAUUUGUAAGGUGAACAGACACGUGCAGUUCCCUCAGGUCCUGGAUCUCGCUCCGUUCUGCUCUUUGAACUGUAAGGGCGUGAAGGAGGGCGAGAUGCGAGCGCUGUAUAGCCUUUAUGGGAUAGUCGAACACAGCGGCACCAUGCGCUCUGGGCAUUACACGGCCUACGUCAAAUCACGAGCCGCCACGCGCAGCCACGUAGAAAAUGGACUCGAUGCUGCUUGUCACGCUGAGGCCGGUAAAGGAUCGUGGUUUCACGUCAGCGACGGCAGCGUCCAUCCGGUUACAGAGGCCAAAGUGCAGGGUUCCCAAGCCUACCUCCUGUUCUACGAGAAGAUCUCAUAACUCACGCCAGGAACGAUCUUUGAUGCGAAGGGCUGCUGGUGUUUUUCGUCCGACUCGUUUGCUGCUGCUGCUGCUGGGAAACCCUGCUAAAACACACUGCAAACGAAUUGAAAACUUGAAUCAAAGCAUCGUCUUUUUCCUUUUUUCUGUGAUCAGCUGCUGUUCAGGGCAAGGUUUUAAUUCAUCCAGACCAGAUGCAGAACUAACUUGAUCCAUUUUUAAUUGAGUUAAUAAUUUCCAGUGAUUAUUUAAAAGCAAUUCAAUAUUUCUUUUCUUAUCUUUAGGCCGUGGUGGAACAAUUUGAUGAGACUUUGGUGUGGUUGUUUGCCUCAUACAGCGUACUUAAGUAUCUGCUGCCAAGACUGAUAGUCAUUUUGCAUGAAUCUAAUGAAGAAAAGUCAUAUUCCAUCCCAACAUUAAUAUAUAUAAUUCAUUUUCAUUGUUAUAAAGAAGUCUUAUUUUUAUUUAUGUUUAGUAAAUAAUCAUGGACACAUUUUUAAAUAGUACUAUUUA